UCUCCUUGGCUCUGUGCUACACUACUACUACUGCUAGGUUUUAGCUAUUCUUCCCCAAUUGCCCAAUUGCCAUGGCUGUCACUACAACUCUUUCCAAACCCUUCUCUUCAUCUUCAUCUUCAUCGUCUUCUUCCAACCAACCCCCCGACGACUAUGAGUACGAUGUGUUCCUGAGUUUCAGAGGCGAAGACACUCGCAAGAACUUCACCGAUCACCUCUACCACGCUUUGACAGAGGCUGGAAUCCGCACCUUCAGAGACGACGAAGAGAUCCGAAAAGGAGAAAAUCUUUCUUUCGAGCUUUUACCAGCAAUACGAGGGUCCAGAAUAUCCCUCAUCGUCUUCUCCAAAAACUACGCGUCUUCCAGGUGGUGUUUGGAGGAGCUCGUGGAGAUCAUGGAGUGCCAAAGAAAUCGGGGUCUUUGGGUUCUGCCUCUAUUCUAUGAUGUUGAUCCCUGCGAUGUGCGCAAUCAGAGGGGUAGUUAUGAACAAGCGUUUGUGGAACAUGAAAAGCGUUACUUGUUGGAUAAAGACAAGGUAUUCAGGUGGAGGGGAGCUCUCAAUCAUGCUGCUAGUAUUUCCGGGUUCCAUCUGAGAAGCACUGCUGACGGGCAUGAAGCCGAGUUUAUUCGGAAAAUCAUUCAUUGCAUUUUAUCAGUAUUGGACAACAAAUACUUAUUUGUAGCACGCUACCCAGUUGGAGUAGAGGCUCGCAUGGAAGACAUGACUUCACUAUUAUGUGUUGGAGCUAAUGAUGUUCGCAUGGUAGGAAUUUUGGGAAUGGGCGGAACAGGGAAAACAACCAUUGCUAAAGCCAUUUAUAACAAAUUUUAUCUUCAUUUUGAAGGUAGAAACUUUCUUGAAAAUGUUAGGGAAACUUCCAAUCAACAUGGUCUGGUUCGUCUACAAAAACAACUUCUUUCUGAAACCUUAAGGACAAGCAAGAUAAAGGUAAGUAGUGUUGCUAGCGGAAUCGUUAUGAUACAACAAAGACUUCGUCGUAAAAGGGUACUUGUUAUAGUUGAUGAUGUAGACCAAUUGGACCAACUGAAUGCCAUAGCUGGAAGUCGUGAUUGGUUUGGUUUGGGAAGUAGAAUUAUUAUAACAACUAGAUAUGAGCAGUUGCUAAAGAAUCUUAUAGUGGAUGGAGUGUAUACAACUAAACAAAUGAGUGACAGUGAAUCUCUUGAGCUCUUUAGUUGGCAUGCCUUUAGAAACAAAUAUCCAACUGAAGGUUAUAUGGACAUAUCAAGAAGUGUAGUUGCUUAUUCAGGAGGAUUGCCACUGGCUCUUGACGUUUUGGGUUCUUUUUUGUUCGGCAAGAGCAUGCAAGAAUGGAACUGCGCAUUGGAGAGAUUAAAAAGGAUUCCCAAUCAUCAAGUUCAAAAAAUACUUAGAAUAAGCUUUGAUGCACUAAGCAAUGAUACAGAGAAGGAUAUAUUCCUUGAUAUAUCCUGUUUCUUUAUCGGAAUGGACAAAAACUAUGUUGUACAAAUAUUGAAUGGCUGUGGUUUUUUUCCCCAAAUUGGAAUCACUGUCCUCAUUCAACGGUGUCUUCUUACAGUUGAUGAGAGAAACAAACUUAUGAUGCAUGAUUUGCUUCGAGACAUGGGAAGAGAAAUUGUUCGUGAAAAUUGCCCCAAGGAACAUGGUAAACGUUGUAGAUUAUGGCUACAUGAGGAGGUAAUUGACAUAUUGAAAAUGCAUGAGGGAAGGAAACAAGUUGAAGGACUCGCUUUAAAAUUGUCAAGAAGUGAUGAGAAUUUCAAUACAAUAAGAAGUCAGCUGGAUUUCAAUACAGAAACAUUUAAAAAGAUGAAGAGGCUGAGAUUACUCCAACUUGAUCACGCACAACUCACUGGGGAUUAUGAAUAUCUUCCCAAAGAGUUACGGUGGCUCCGUUGGCAUGGAUUCCCUCUAAAGUUUAUACCAAACAACUUUUGUCUAAGAAAGAUAGUUGCAAUUGACUUGCGAUAUAGCAAUCUCAAAGAAGUUUGGGAAGAUCCCAAGUUGCUCAAUAAGUUGGAAGUCCUAAAUCUCAGUCAUUCACAUGAUCUAACCCGGACCCCUGACUUUUCAAGACUCCCCAAUCUUGAAAAAUUAGUACUCAAAGAUUGUACCAGUUUGUUUGAGGUUCACCAAUCUAUUGGAGAUCUUGAUAAACUUGUUUUGAUAAAUUUGAAAGGUUGCAAAAACCUUAGAAGUCUGCCGAAGAGUCUCUAUAAGUUGAAGUCUCUUAAAACUCUCAUUCUUUGUGAUUGUUCUAAUAUUGACAAUUUGGCUGACGACUUGGGGGAGAUGGAAUGCUUGACUACUCUUCGGAUAGACAACACUGCCAUAAGAACAGUUCCAUUUACCAUAGGACGAUUGAAGAACCUCAAACAUUUAUCUCUGGGUGGGUGUAAAGGAUUACAACCUUUGCCGGGUUCACUACAAGGCUUAUCCUCGCUAAAAGAAUUAUGUCUCAAUGAUUGCGAUCUAUCAAAUGACAAAAUUCUGAAAGAUCUUGGGAGUUUAUGUUCUCUUCAAUCUUUAGAUCUACAAAGGAAUAAGUUCCAAGUCCUACCAUCAAGCUUUGGUGGUCUUUUGAAGCUUCGUAGGCUAACUUUGGAUUAUUGCACAGAACUUCAAUCAAUAGCAGAUUUACCUAAAAGUUUGAAUAUUUUGCAUGCAACAAACUGCAUGAAGUUGGAAAGAAUGCCAAAUGUAUCAGAGAUCUCAAAUAUGCAAACUUUGUUCCUUACUAAUUGCCACAAAUUAGUCGAGAUUCCAGGUUUAUAUAAACUAUUGAAGUACUUUGGAACCCUUCACAUGGAAGAGUGCAACAAUAUGACAAGUUCUUUCAAGCAAAGCAUCCUACAGGAAUGCACUAUGAGUGGAGUUGGUAACGAGCUUAGCAUAUUCCUCCCUGGUGGUGAUAUUCCUGAUUGCUUCAUGUAUAAGGAUGAAGGGCCCUCCGUGUGUUUUGAAGUGCCUCGUAUUAUUGAUCUUAAUGUGGUAGGGUUUGUGGUAUGCACUGUUUAUUCACCACGUCCAAGCAAUGACAAUAUAGUAUCUCAAAAUCUUCUUAGCAUUUCAAUUGUCAAUCAUACGAAGAAUAUUAGUCAGGCCUCUAGGCAAAUAACAGCUGAUGUUGUAAUCUCCCUUGAAGAUCACCUGUGGCUGGGCAAUGUUUCUAAAGGUGAGUUCAAUUUGGAGGGCGGUGAUAAAGUAGACGUUACCAUAGAUUUUGGGGUUGGAUUCAUUGUUAAGAAGAUAGGGGUCAGCCUAUUAUAUGAUGGGGUUCUUGAUGGAAAAAUGAUUCCUUAUGCCUCUACAUCAAAUGAGGAUGUUAAAGCUUAGGCCUGGCCUAUGAAGUUUAAGAGAGGACUUCAUGAUAAGGAGGCAGGAGCAAGUCAUGGUUGGCCUGAAGAUGAACCACAACCUAAAAGACUGAAAAAUGAUUAAUUAUACCUCUACAUCAAAUAAGGAUGUUGAAGCUCAGGCCUGGCAGAUAAAGUUUAAGAGAGGACUUCAUGAUGAGGAGGCAGGACCGAGCCAUUGUUGGCUUGAAGAUGAGCCAAAUCCUUAAAGAUUGAAGUGUGAAGAUAAUACUAGGAUGAGUGCAAGAAGAAAACAUAUAGGACUUGGAAGUCAACGGCAAUUCAUUAUUCUUUUUAGUAUUGCAGUCACCUUCAAUGUAUUUCUAUUAGGCACUCUUCGUCUCAUUUGAAGAUAAACAUUUUAUUUCCAAUGAUUUGUCAUCUAUACAUGAGCUAUUUGUAACACCAUUCCUUUGAAUUUGUAAUAAAAUGCUUUGAUGUUCUUUCUGCUAAUAACCAAGAGAUAUGUUUUGCCA